AUGGAAGUCAAUGUUGAACUAAAAUGUUCGGAUACAAGGGAAACGAAGCAUUUAAAAAUAACUGUAAACGACUGGGAUAGUAGAUGUGUUAAGGAUCUGAAAAAGAUUUUUGAAGAAGAGAUUCAAGUUCCAUGUUGCGAUCAGAAACUCUUUUAUCAAGGAAGACAAUUUGGGAACGAUAACUUGUUUCCUCUUGUGAAAUUAUACCUUCGGGAAGGCGACACUGUUAGUUUAGAAUGCAUUUCACAAGGAAAACUCAAAGAAAUGAAGGAGUUUUUAAAAGAUAUUAAGGAUUUUUCAGACUUCAUUACCAGCAAGAACCAAACUGAAAUUUUGACAGUCAACGAAUUGACGAAAGAUGACCAAGGCUCGCGUCCAAAUUACGACCAUGUAACUCAAGCAUUAGAAUUGUUGUCAUUUGACUUUUUCAUUCCUUGGAAAAAUGUCAAGUCCGUAGUCCACCGUCAUUUCUUUGUUCAAGAAGGUGGUUUUGAUGCUUUCAUGGAAGUUUUAAAGUUUGCAAACAAAAGGUACACAUUGGACGGAAGACUCAUGGCAAAGUAAGUGUUAGCUUAAUGGUUCUAUGGUCUAGUUUUAGAGUAGUUGACUGGAAAGAGAUGAUUUGGUUUUAUGCACUGAUUUGAUGAUGUGAUGCAACCCUUCUGUGCAUCAACGCAGCAUGAAAAGCCACUAGGCCCUAGAGCAUAAGCUAUCUAUGAAAUCUACACUCUUAAUCCUCCCAGUAUCAAUUAACAAUUCUCAUGCAAAUAAAUUAUUCUUGAUUUUUCUUUUUUGUGUUACCAUGUUCCCACCAGUAGCAUGGCCCCAUCUUUCCAUCUUAAACCACAUAACCCACAGUUCCCCAAGUCCCUCUGACAAAGGGCUACAUCUUGAGACAACAGGUGUAGAAUCUCUUUAUGGAGCCCAAUUCACAUUAUCAACCUAGUUGAUGAAAUUAGAUUACCUUGGAAUAUCAAUGAUGCAGCACCAAAAAUUUACUAGAAACCUGUCCUUUGGUUGUUUGGUUGUCUCUAUCACAAACAUCUCAACAAUCUGCCGUGAAGUCAUUUUAUUAAGACAUUCACUUCCACCAAAGUUGUCAAAUUGUCUGUCUGUAUAUUUCUGGGAACAUCUAUGAUGUACAUGUAACUCUAAAAAUUUUUCUUUACCAAUGCUUUGUACCUGAUAUUUUCAUAGAAAUAAAUGUGCUCGUUAAAAUGGUGGGUGACUUUGUAGAAUCACUUUCUUUUUCAUAUUUUCUAAGGAAAUAUCUUGGAGAAUGCAAGGAAGGUGAUUUGAGCGUAUUGGAAAACCGCUUAAAAAUGUUGAAUGACCAGCAGACGGGAUUGCAUGCAGACUGCCUGAGCUUUCUGUGGAAUUUCUCUGAGACAUGGCAUGAUCGCAGGUUGUUGAUACAGAAAGGAGGGCUCCCAUAUGUUGUCAAGGCUCUGCUCUCCAAUCCUGACCAGUACCUAGUUUUUUCUGCGGAGUAUUGGCAGGUGGCAAGGAUCAAUGAAACAGCUGUGGGCUGCCUUGUUCAGUAAGACUUCUGUUGUACUUUGUCAUAGACUGAUUAUUGUAUUGAUCACAAAAAUAGCUUAAGUCAUUGGUAGGGUACUGAUAAGAUAUUUUCUACAAGUGAACUUCAGAGACAUCAGCCCAGGUUAAGUGCAGUAACUCGAUUCUAUGUUUGUAUUGUGAAUGAAGAGGUCCCAUUUAUGAACUUCAAGCAAAUUUGUCUGCAUAUACUGUAACUUAUAAAUGAGGCUCUGAAAAAGUUCUUCUCUGCUCCUUAGGUAUGCAGAGUUCCCUGAUUGUCAAGAAGUGAUUGCUCAAAGUUCUAAAAUUGUCAACAAACUGAUAUUUAUGUUGGAAGCAUCAAGCCAGUUGAGCUUUCCCUUGGAUGUCACACACUCAAACAUUUACACAGAAUAUGCUUCCCAGAUUGCUGCAAAUACUCUAUUCUGCUGUGCAUGCAGUGUGCAAACACCAAAGAUUCUGGUAGAAAAUGGUAUGCAUAAAAAGAUGAUAGACCUCAUGCAGCAAGCUAAUAUUAAUGACUUGGCCACCAGGUAUAACUAAAUUUUAAAUGUAUAUUUUUUGAUGAAUUUAAUUAAAAAUAUGUUAUUUGCUGGUACAGAGAUACUGUAUGUAGAGUAAAAAAAUGGGUUUAUGUCUUGAAGAUGUUACCUUGGGUCUGCAGUGAAGGGUAGCUGCAAGGUCACAGUUUCUCACAAACAAUAUGUUACCUCUCAAAAAUCAGACAUUUGUUUCAAGUUAAUCUCCCUCUCAUGUCUCAUGAAAUCCAAGAAAAUGUUGCAAAUCAAUCCUCUUACCAAUUGAUUGAGUAAGAUCUGUAUGAAGCCUCUACAAAAGCCUCACACAGUUGUAUUUGUACACAGUGCUGUAUCAUAAAUUAACAAGCAAUGACAAGAAUUUGAAAUUUCUGUUACACCCUUGACAGCCAUUUUCCUCAAUUAAUCAAAUGUCUUUACUUGUAGUUACUACUGCACCUUGUUCCUUGCAAGAAUAAGGUCAUCUGCAUUGGUUCAGUUGGAUUCCGAAACAGCUCAAAGCAUUGAUGAUCUCAUUGUCGCCUUUCUUGAAGAAUACUCACCUAUUGAUGUGUCAACUUGGGAAGAAAAACACAACUAUGUCUGGGUCACCAUGAUACCCUUUGUAAGUUUGGCCUUUUCAGGAAAACAAUAUGAAAGGGAAAAAUCUGCUCUGGUUAGCAAGAAGUCGGAGAAAGAAGGUUAUAGCUCAAAACCUCACCUAGCUGGAAGUAAAUGUGAUAUCAUGGAAAGGAAGGUGGAUACAAAAGUGGGAGCAAUGGUUGGGGGCAAUCAGUCUCACUCAGGCAAACAUGCUGAUUCCACAAGUUAUAGUCCUGGAUCCUGGUUCACUGGUACAACAUCAUGUCCAAGAAUGCUUGGGUCUUUAGAGACUCAACAACUUGGACUUUUUACACUGGAGCACAUGCUGAAUUCAAGUGAAAACCGACAGCUUUUGGAUGAGGAACAUUUGUUGCCAUAUCUCCAAUGUUUGUGUUGGUAUGUUGGUGCAGAAGAUGGAAGGAUUGUGAAAGAAGAAUUGACCAAGCAUUGGACACCAAGUCCUGCACCUCUUAAAAUAAUUUGCAAAUCAAGUCUGGCUUUUCAACAUGGAUUUGAGGCUGCUUUUAAAAUGUGACAAACUAAACAAUUAUCCAUUCCCUAAUUUGGUUGUUUGUCGCACAAAUGUCAUACUUGUCAGUAGUGAUAAGUAUUUUUGUCGCAGCUCAGUGCAUGAGAGUUAUCAACUAGGAUCUCUUCUCACUCACCAACAUAACCCCCUUCCCCCCCCCAACCCAUGCAUGGAAUUUUUAAAAUUAAGAAUACCCUUAAACAAGUUUUACAACAUUUUCCAUCUGCUCCUUAUUUAUCUAUAUUCAAAAAGUUGCUAUUAAAAGUUGCCAUUCUACCAGAGAUUUCCGAAUAAAAUUAGAUUCAGGAAAGAACUGAGGUGCUUACCUCUAGAAGGAAAUUUUACCAAAUGGAAGAACUUUGUUUUUUACUCCUAUCCACUUUUGAAUUUUCAGCACUUUAAACCGAUUUAAACAUUGUCACAAUGGGGAAAAUUAGCUUCAUGAUGUAAUAGUUCCAUGUACAAAUAAUGGAUGUAGCUAAUUUAUGUAUAAGAAUAUUGUACAUACGUACUUAAUGCACAGCAGUUGUAAGCAAUUGGUCUAUUUCCACAAGUUUUAAUUAGUAUAAUUAUUAUAAUUGACUUAUGGCCUUUGUCUUGUUAAGUACAGCAAAUCUCUCCCUUGUUAUACAAGCAGUAUUAAUUGAUACAUGUGAUUUAAAUAAUCUGUAGUAAGUUAUUAUUUUAACUUUCUAACACUAUUCUUAGAUGAUAAAUGUACCACAAAUAUUUCAGUACAAACAUUAUAUUGUUGGUUUGAUGUGACACAUGAUGCACAGGACUUAUAAAUGUGAUGGGGA